AUAACCAUUCCUAAGUCGCAACCAAAGAUGAAAAUAUCAUGAUAUUGAUAAUAAUAGACUACUAAUUACAGUACUUAAUUACUUAAGGAUACAUUUCUCAAUGGGUCGCCAAAGUGGUACCACUUAACCUCACUUAUAUAGUUAAGAUUUAAGAAGAAACUCGUGGCUUCAUUCUUGGAAGUUCAAAUUAAUAAAAAAAACGGCAAUAUUUAGCGCACAGUGUACUUAUACUAGCGUACUAGUGAAAUAACUAUGGAACAAAGCAAUCUAAGAGAGAAUCUCCUUGUUGGAAUGGGAAAUCCCCUGCUGGACAUAUCUGCGAAGGUGGACAAGGAAUUUUUAGCCAAAUAUGAUAUGAAAGACAAUGACGCUAUUCUAGCAAGCGAGAAACACAAAAACUUGUAUUCCGAGCUAGUGCAGAAGUACCCCGUGGACUACACAGCAGGAGGAAGUGUACAGAAUGCCUUGAGGGUCGCCCAGUGGUUAAUUGAAAAGCCUAAAGUUACCACGUUCUUUGGCUGUGUUGGGGAAGAUAAUUUCUCAAAAAUUUUGUUUGACAGAGCUACCUCAGAUGGAGUUAAUGUACAAUAUCAAUAUAAUAGUAAAGAACCCACAGGGACUUGUGCUGUUCUAAUUACUGAUCAUCAUAGGUCCUUGUGCGCUAAUUUAGGGAGUGCGAACUGCUUUACGACAGACCACAUUAAAAAACCGGAGAAUAAGAAAUUGUUGGACACUGCUCAAUUCUACUAUGUCUCGGGAUAUUUCUUAACGGUAAGCCCGCCAUCCUUACUAGAAGUGGCUAAGAUGGCCCUAGCUCGGAACCGGCCGCUUUUAAUGAAUUUAAGUGCCGCUUUCAUCUCACAAUUUUACAAGGAGCCCUUGAUGCAGGCGCUGCCCUACGUGGACAUCCUUUUCGGCAACGAAAUGGAAGCAGAAGCCUUUGCAACCGAGCAAAACUUCAACACGAAGGACAUGAAGGAAAUAGCCUUGAAAAUCUGCAAGCUCCCCAAGCAGAAUGAGAACAGAUCCAGGAUCGUCAUCCUCACUCAAGGCAUCCACCCCGUCAUCUUAGCCAAGGACGGGAUAAUCACCGAGUUCCCCGUCACAGGUCUGCCCCCGGAAAAGAUAGUAGAUACGAACGGCGCAGGGGAUGCUUUCGUGGGGGGGUUCUUGGCGCAGUACAUUCAAGAUCAGAGCUUGGAGGUGUGCAUUAAGUGUGCCAUCUGGGCCGCCGCGCAGAUCAUCCAACGCAGCGGGUGUACGUUUGAGGGCAAAGCGACUUUUCAAGCGUAGCUAUAAUUUUUUUGUGGGUGUAGGGUAGGAAAUUUACGGAAACGGGUGUUUUGAUAAACGAUGUACUUAUUAAAUUUUUAUAACUUUAACUGAUCGUGUUUUAAUAAAGAAUGGUUGAACUAA